AUGCUUUUCAAAACUUCUGCAAUCAUUGCCCUGGCCGUCGCCCCCUACGCGUUUGCUCAAAACGAAGCUAUUCAGCUGCAGUCGAUUAUCGCUCAGUUCAAGAAUGCUAAGCUCACCCCUGAGCCUCUCCCGACCUUCAGUCCUACAGCUCUUUUAGGAGUGACCUAUGGGUCCGCGCAAUUGACCCUGGAAAGCCCCAGACUGUCGAUGGUAGAGUCUGUCAAGCCUGAGCCCAAACUCACGCUGACUCCGGUCACGACAUCUCCAGAUGUUACUGCCAGCGGUACAUACACCGUUGCCAUGAUUGACGCCGACUAUGUCGGUGCUAGCCAGGCCGAGGGCCAAACCCGACACUGGCUUGUCAAUGGCGUCAAGGCUACCGGAACAUCGGCUCCUUGGACCCUCGACACUAGCGCGGGCACCAACAUCACUGCCUAUGCCCACUACCUUCGCUGCUCCGGCUACUCCUGCCGCCAACUCUCUAUCGAGAAGUUCGAUUUUGAGGCGUAUGUCAAGAGCGCUGGUCUCGGCAGUAUUGUUGCUGGCUCUUACAUUACUGUCGAGCAAGGGACUGCUACUCAGAGUGUAGAACCCACAUCGUCUGUUGACACUGCCACCUUGAGCGCUCCUUCCUCUUCUACUUCGGGCUCCAGUGCUGCCACUGGUUCUCGUACUGCAACCGGAACUGCCCCAGCUUCUACCAGCACCAACGCUGCCUGGGUCGCGUCGUUGAGUGGGGAAUGCGGUGCUGCUGUCCUCCUUGGAGCCAUUGCUCUUAAGUUGACGGACUUUUGGUUCUGA